AUGGUCUUUCCACCCCCUGCGAGGUAUGGAGGCAGACACAUUGUGACACUGAUUCCUGGAGAUGGCAUUGGACCAGAGCUGGCCGACCAUGUGCAAAAACUAUUCAGGUUCUGCUGCGUUCCAGUCGAUUUUGAGGUCGUCACCGUGGACUCCACCAUGGCCUCAGAAGAUGACAUCAGUAACGCCAUAGUGGCUGUCAGACGCAAUGGUGUUGCACUCAAAGGCAACAUCGACACCAACCACAACUUGCCACCUUCUCACAAGUCCCGGAACAACUUACUGCGCACUCGUCUGGAUCUCUAUGCCAAUGUGGUGCACUGCCAGUCUGUGCCUGGAGUGAGGACACGUCACAGAAACGUCGACAUUAUGAUCAUCAGGGAGAACACAGAGGGCGAGUACAGCAGCCUGGAGCAUGAGAAUAUACCAGGGGUUGUUGAAUGUCUGAAGAUCAUCACCAGAAAAAAAUCUUUGCGCAUCGCGGACUAUGCAUUCAGAACGGCUCGGGAGAAAGGACGCAGACGAGUCACCGCUGUACACAAAGCUAACAUCAUAAAGUUGGGUGACGGCCUCUUCCUGGAGUGCUGUAAGGAGGUGGCCAGCGGUUACCCUGAAAUCAGCUUCGACACUAUGAUUGUAGACAACACAACUAUGCAGCUUGUUUCCAGGCCACAGCAGUUCGACGUCAUGAUCAUGCCAAACCUGUACGGAAACGUUGUGAGCAACGUGUGCACCGGGCUGGUCGGAGGACCGGGCCUGGUGCCCGGGGCAAACUAUGCAGAAGACUAUGCUGUGUUUGAGAUGGGAACCAGGAACACAGGGAAGAGCAUCGCUAACUGCAACACAGCAAAUCCCACGGCCAUGCUGCUGGCCUCGUGCCUGCUGCUCGACCACCUGAAGCUCCACGCCUAUGCCAGCAUGAUCCGCGGAGCCGUCCUCAGCACCAUCACAGACACUCAGCUGCACACUGCUGACCUGGGAGGCAAAGGUUCCACCUCCGACGUGGUUCAGUCCAUCAUGAGCGCCAUUCAGAGCACCGGGCCGCACACGCUCGGCGCUUACAACAAACACAUACUGUAAUUUAGUUAUGUAAUGAUUGCACUGUAAAAACAAAUAUCAUUACUGUGUCCUAAUACCGUAUUUUAACAUGGGUUUUUUUUUCUUUUCUGUAAUUCAUAUUUAGACCAUAUUUAGAGCACAUAACAGGAUUUCCUCGUACAGUAACUGCCACAAUAAAAUACAUACAGUGUUAUAUUGUGAAUGAUCUCAGAUAAAAAUAAGUUUUUUAAUGUAGUGUGAAAUUUAGUGUGAAAGCAUGUGAAAUUGUGGAAAUCAUUUGACAGUGUACUGCUGCAAAUGUACUUUUUUUUAAAAAAGAAAUUUCCUGUGCCGUUUAAUGAGAGCAGUGGUGAGUUAUUUAAUAGAAUAAUGCCAAACUGAACUAUAGUAUUGUAUAUCUAUACUAAUAGAGGUCGAUUAAGCACUUUAUUGCAGUGGUUUCAAUAACACCUUCCACUUUAUUUGUGCAUUUGAAAUACAAAUGAA